CGCCAACGUACCAGAGGCGACGGUCCUCGCGAGGGCGUCCGUGCUUCACGCUGAACUCAGGGUUUGUCUUGUUGGGUUUGAGCAGCUAAGCCACGCCAGACGUGCAUGCUGAGGCACCCCACACCUACCUCGUAAGAUCAGAUAGUCAACAGACUCCUCGUUCUUGUCGAGAAGACGACGCAUAGACACCUGACAGAAACGGCUCGCGCGCAGCCUGCUUGAUUAUGCCCACCAGGUUUAUGUACCGCUGUACUAGCGCGGUCAAAGCACAGCACCCAGUCGUGAUGAGAGAGGGUGGAAGGCCGGCGCCUCCCAGAGCACGAACCACUCAACUCCCACAAGUCCGAGAUGGACAAAGACGGAUGGCGCAACCGGGGACAACACUCGGACCAACAAACCCACGAUUCGUGGGCGUUGUGCCUGGCGCCAAGGGCCCCUUGAGCGGAUCUGCUGCUGCUCCUUGGUUUUCACCCAUUCUCACCAUUUCACCCUCGCUCGCCGCUUGAAACGACAACAACGUCGGUUAUAGAUGUGUUGCCGCAGACUCCGAUGGAUUUCACCAUCAUCACCAUCGUCCUGACGCUGGCAUCCACAGCCUGGUCAGCAAGCCCGCUAUGCUACUGGCCUGGCGGGGGCGUCGCCGUCGGCCAGUUCCCAUGCGGCACCAGCGGCCACUCGACGUGUUGCGGGACGGGCUACGCGUGCCUGAGCAACCACAUGUGCCAGGCGGUGACGGACGAGGCCUUGAUCAAGGGACCUCUGUACGCGCGCGGAGCCUGCACGGAUUCCUUUUGGGAGAGCCCCAACUGCCCGCCCUUUUGCAAAGCCGUCGGUUACGAUGUCAUGGACGGGCAGCAGGUCAUGCACAAGUGCGACAACAGCGACCGCGUUUUCUACUGCGAGUCGUCGGCAAAGCCUGACUGCGAGCACACCAAGAAGGUGAUUGUCGAAUCUACGAAGCCGACGGCCCAAACCACCAUCACGGCGACCAUGCAGAGCCUCGAGACGACUGCUACGGGAGCGUCGACUGCGACGUCUGCAAGCUCGACGUCGACGUCGACGUCAACCGCCGCGGGCGGCGGCUCGUCGGACGGCAACGGCGCGAAAAUUGGCAUUGGGGUCGGCGUCACACUCGGCGGCCUGGGGCUUAUGGCGGGCCUCCUGGCCCUCUUCCUCGUGAAGCGACGCCGUGGAGGCCGCAGGUCAGAUGACAAGUCCGAGCCGACCAUCCCCGUGCAGGAGCUGCCGGCCGACCCCUUGCCGCCCGCGAGCGUCUCCAUGCCCGCCUCCCCGCCUCCUCCUACUUCGAGUCCUCCCCCGGCCUUUUGGCCGAGCGACUGCAAGACGCCCUUCCCGCCUUACACGCCCUCGUCGAUGACGACCCUGGAGCCCUGGUCGCCGAAUCUGCAGGAACUGCCUGGGCACUGACGACGCCGACGAAAAUCUUUUUGACCAGACCUGACCUGACCCCCUGGGAAGUCGUCGUAGAAACAGGUGGCGGCUAAAGAGUGGAAACAGACUCUGAACUGCUGCUAAUAUAUCUUGUGGUUUGAGAAGGUGCGGGCGUUGGGGAGCGGCAUAUACUGUAAUUCAUGUACUACAUUAUUACGAUUGCAGAUGUGGCAUCACGAACAGUCAAUGGGGAAACAUGACGGUGCUUCCACCCGCAGCUCUUGCAAAUCAACACG